AUGUCUUCACACGACAUGGAAGAAGACGCCGCUCGUCGAGAUUAUCGGGCACCUUACUCCCAUGAUCACCCUAUUCCCACAGUCCAGGGAUACCGUCAACAUAGAGAUGAGCUCAAGGACCAGCACCAAAAAGCCGAGGAUUCACAGCACACGGAAGAGGACGACUCAAAGGUCAAGAGGGCUUUCAAUGCUGUAAAAUCAAUUGUCCACAAUGAAGACAAGCAAGAAGCUGAGGGCAACCCCCACCCGACCGCAAAUCGAAAUAAAGGAAACGAAGGAAACGAGGAAAUGGGAGAUAGGGAUUCUGGUAUCCCAGAAGUUCCUUCAGUAAAUGGGAAUGAUAGCCAAUCUACAGGACAGGAUGGCAAUGUCAAAUCCAAAAAGGACAACAAGAAAUCAGCAAUGGAUCAACAAAAUGUAUCUGCGACGGAAAAGGCUGCCGGUCAGCUCGACCCAAAGCGCAAGUGCAAGGACAUGAAACACAAUAAAAGAGAUGAUGGUGGUCGUGAAGUUACGGAUCCCGUCACACAUCUUCCACUUGUAAUACGAGAUUCGACGGCAAAGGAUUUACGACGAGCGCCGGAAAAUGAACCGGGCCCAGAUGAAGGAACUAGGAGAGCAAAUACUGGACUUAGUAGUGGCUCCUCGAAGGAUUCGGAGCAACUUGAUCGGGAGAAGAGAGACCUUCAAGAUGGUUAUGGUGGCAUGCAAAAGAUGUUUCCGCCUCCGGCUUAUGAGGAUACGAAGGUCGAGCUGAUGAAGACUUAUCAGUUCGCUUUUGCUAUUGCGACGGGUGUAGCAUUGGUUCUUGGCAUGUCAUUGACAUUGUUGUUUUUCGCGGUUACGAAAGGUUCAUGGGGCGAAAAGGCUUUUUCAAAAAAGUCUCUCUCGGCCAUUGCUAUUUUCCUAUCGCUUGUGGCGGGCGGUGGUUUUGCUGUCAUAACAGGAUUACAAGGUUGGCUCGGUAAGAAAGUGGAGAGUAUUUGGGAGGACGAAGUUUGGGAUGCUGCAAGAGUCGAAGAAGAAGAAUUUCACAGGACAAAUGAACGUUUACCAGAAUCUGUUGCCUGGAUGAACAGUCUAUUGGCUUCUGUUUGGCCGCUCAUCAACCCUGAUCUCUUCGCCUCCGUGGUCGACAUGCUUGAGGAUGUGAUGCAAGCAAGUUUACCAAAGGUUGUCCGCAUGGUUAGUAUUGAUGACUUGGGCCAAGGAAGCGAAGCUAUUCGUAUUCUUGGUGUAAGAUGGCUUCCAACGGGUGCCGCAGAUCAGUCAGUGGACGAGGAAGGAAAUUUGAAGGAGGCCAGUGACAAAGACGCCAAUGGCCGUGGAGCACCGGGCCAAGGAGAGCAAGAGGAUAAUGAAGAUAAAGUAAAAGAAGACGCCGACCCAGAUGCUUCGAAGAAGCAGGACGAAAAGAAGCAGAAGGAAGGUGAGCAACAAGCCAUUCGCGAAGGAAUGGAAGCCGAGCAAGGAGAUUUCGUCAAUAUGGAGCUGGCUUUUGCAUAUCGCGCCCGAUCUUCCGGUAAAUCCAUCAAAUCGAAAGCCAAAAAUGCUCAUCUUUAUCUCAAAUUUUACCUUCCCGGCGGUGCUUUUGUACCUGUUUGGGUUGAAUUACGAGGGAUUAUCGGUACGAUGCGGCUUCGUCUACAGCUUUGUCCGGAUCCUCCUUUUUUCAGUCUCUGCACAAUGACAUUUGUCGGUCAGCCGAAAGCUGAUCUAUCUUGUGUUCCAUUAUCGAGGCAUCUACCAAAUUUGAUGAACGUGCCUCUCAUCUCCUCUUUCGUUCAGUCAUCAAUCGAUGCAGCGCUUGCAGAUUACGUUGCUCCUAAGAGUCUGACUAUUGACCUCAAGGAAAUGCUUGUAGGUGAUGACUUUAAGAAAGAUGCUGUCGUCCGAGGUGUUAUUGUCAUGUUCAUUCAAGAAGCUAGAGACUUCAAGGAAGGAGACGGGGGACUAGGACCAUUGGGGGGUUCUAGUGACUCUUACAUAACAUGUUCUUGGGGUAAGUUUGGGAAGACAAUCUUAUCAACCAGAGUCAUCGAAAGCGAUCAACGUCCCAGAUGGGAAGAAUGGGCGUACAUGUUAGUAUCACCCGAAGAGCUCAACGCCGGCGAGAAACUUCGACUCCAGUUAUGGGACUCGGACAAAUACACUGCAGACGAUGACCUGGGAAGAGUAGAAGUCGAUUUAAAGGAACUCGUGCACGGCUCCAAAACCAAAAAUCGUAUGUGCGAUCGAGUAGACCGAUUCACGGGACAAGAUGCCGGCGAGAAGAUGCCAGGGACGCUCUCAUGGUCCGUCGGGUAUUACUCGAAGAUCCGAAUCACCGAGGGACAACUUUCCAAACAAACGGAAGAUGAUAAGAUUCGAAGCAAGAAGGAUUUGAAGGAACAUGUUGCGGAGAAUGCGCAGAGGAUGUUGAGAGAGGCGACUGCGCAUGAUGAGUCGAAGGAGAUUAAUCAACAGAAGGCGCAGGAUUAUCAGGAGCGGGAGAAUGCUCUUAUUUGCUCGUCGCCGCCGGAUCCUGAGUAUCCGAGUGGUGUUCUUUCUAUUCAGAUUCAUAAUAUCACUGGACUUCAGGUAAGUCGAAAGUCAAAUCAUUUUCUUUCUCUCUAUUCUAUUUGGUUUGGAGGUAAAAAUAUCGUGAUUUUGAAAGCCAUCAUCUGGGGCUUUUGGAAAUCAGAACUCCAACUCUUCCAAAUCUCGAACACUGGCUUUCAAUCACUUCAAGCCUCUUUGAAACAUUUCUCCAAGAAUAUAUUAAUACGUUGACUCUGACAUAUGUAUGAUAGGUCGAAGCCAUGAAUAUAAGAGACAAACAAGGGGAUGUAGACCGAGAAGAUCAAACCGAACAACUAGACGACGUUCCCAGCAGCUAUUGCUCCAUCAUCCUCAACCACAAGAAAAUCUACAGAACACGUACGAAACCGAAAAACGCUAAGCCCUUCUUCAACGCUAGCACAGAACGUUUCAUCCGAGACUGGAGAACCGCCGAAGUCUUGAUCAAUGUCCGAGACAGUCGAGAGAAGGAAAAGGAUCCUUUGAUAGGCAUCGUAUACCUUCCCCUCGCCAAAGUCUUCUCAGAGCGAAGUCAAGUCAUGGACCUCUAUCCCUUGGUAGGAGGAAUCGGCUUCGGCCGCGCUCGCAUAUCCAUGGUCUUUCGCAGCGUGGAGUUGAAAUUGCCCAAGGAACUCCUGGGCUGGGACUACGGGACUCUGGAAAUCAAAGCCCCCAUUAAAGCCAUACGCCUCCCAGAAGACCUAAGCACUCACCGUCUCAAAAUCCGCUCCAAUAUGGCGCGCUCAAAGUUCACAGCCAACAAUGGAGAAUGGACGCCCAAACACAGUAAAGGCUCCUCCUUCAUCGCCAUUCGCAAGAGAUACGCCAUCCCCCUCGUCGUCGAGUUCCGCAAAUCGAGUGUGGGGCCUGAUUCCACGCCUGCAUUCGCAGUCUUCUGGCUCAAAGAUAUAGCAGACGAAGAGGAGCAGACAACCACACUACAAGUAUGGAAAGGGGGAAAGGAGAACCUAAAAAGAGCCACUACCUCAGCGGGCUAUCAGGGGCUUGAAGAGAACGAGGAAGCGAUUGGAGAGAUUGAGCUCACAAUGAAGUUCUGGAGGGGUCUAUCAGGAUACCACAAGCGAUACGCAAACAAAGCCAAAGAAACCGACAUGCGCAACGUAAUGGAAGCCCUCGACACAGUCAACGACGAAAUCGCCUCCUCUGGAUCCUCCUUUGACGAAUCCUCCUCCUCUUCCUCUUCUUCCUCCUCCCAAUCACGCAACAAAAAACUCACCACGCACACAAACCAAGAUACCGACGAAGACUCCUCCUCCUCGCACCACCACAAACACACCAAAAACCCGAUCAAGAAAGCCAAACAGGUGAAGAAUAGUAUCCUUGAAGGAGAGAACGAUGAGGAAGAGCCGCAGAGGGGUCCGGUUAGUCAGUUGAGGGAUUAUGAUAGUCAUCAUCGACAGUUGCAUCGUAAGCAUCGGGGGGUCAUGCAGUGGCGCGCUGCGAGGACGGCGGACUGGGCGUUGGAUAAGUGUCGGAGGGGCAAGGGGGCCCUGGAGGGGAUGCUGGAACAUGGGGGGAAGGAACCCGGGGUGGAGACGGAGGUUUAG